AUGAGUCGGGUAGUGCCUGAAUAUUAUUAUACAUCAAAUGAUAUUUCCAAUGAACAUGGUAAUAGAUUGAAAAAUCAUUCACAAGUUACUUCAAAUCGAAGAAAAAAAAGACGAUAUAAUAUAAUUGAAAAAGAUCGUGGUGAUCAUAAAACUUAUUAUUAUGUUCCAGUAGAAUAUGGAGAGAAUUAUGAUAUAUCACAACUAGAUGAAAUACCUGUUUAUGAAGAAAAAAAAAGAAAUUAUUCACCUAUAUUAGUUAGACGAACAAAUCUUGAAUCAUAUGAUGAUAAUCAUAUUGAAAAAUUACCAAUAAUAUCACCUCGUCAACAUAAUUAUGUAUCACCAAGACGAGCACAUGUUAUUGAAAGAAUCUAUUAUGAACCCUCACAAUCACAAACAAGUGAACAUGUUCUUGAAAAUGAUCAUAGACCACAAAAUGAAGAAACUAAUGAAUAUGUUCUACAAGAUCGUGUACCAAAACAACGAUAUAUUGUAGAAUCACAUCCUGUUCAUCACAGUUCACAAGCCGAAAAUCUUCCUUCAGUUUCUCGUUCUCCUCAUCAUGUUGUUAGUACUAAUCAAUUAUCUCCUCGAGCAUUACCUUCUCGACCACAUAUUACACCACUUCAUCUUAGUGAAUUAUCUUCUCCACGUCGUUCAAACAUGAAACAACAAACUCUUCGAACGACACGAACAUUUCAUGAGUCACUAAAUAGAUCAUUAACUCAAAACAAAAAUCAACAAAAACCUUCUAAUUUAAAAGAUGUUUUAGCACAAAAUCGAGCUAGACGAGGUUCACGUAUACCGAUACCACGACGUGAAAUUGAUGAUGAAGAAUUGCAUGAUUCGCCAAUAGGUAAUAAGGAUUUUAUUAGAAAGGAUUUGCUCGUUCAUAAAUAG